AUGUCGCGCCGCCCGGCGCGGUUCCCCGUGCGGUACGUACUUCCACGUCAGCCCAUCGACGUGGCGGCGUGUGCUGCGGCAAUAAAAGCACACUUCAAGAGCAGUAGCGGCAGCAGCAGCGGCACCACCACCACCAAUAUCAGCACCCCCGCAAGUACCGGCGCCGAUACGAGCGGAGAUUCCUCCCCGCGCACGCUUCCCCGCGUGGUGCUGGUGCUGUUCGCGCUCGAGUUCGCGCACGCCGCGGACGAAUUUGUGCUCGCUCUUGGGGGGAGCGGCAGAGCGGAAGCGGCGGAGGCAGAGAGGGAGGGGGACGGGGAGGGGGAAGAAGCGUGGUAUGUGGUGGCGCAGGUGCGGGAGAGGGAGGUGGAACCGGAGGAAGGGGGAAAGAGUGGAGGUGCUGACACUUGUGGCGCCGUAAAUGGCGGGUGCUGUAACGGCGGUGCCAGAGGGGAGACUGACAGAAGCGCGUGCUGUGGGGGAGCAACAGGCAGGGGCACGUGUGGAAGUAUCUCUUGUUCUGGUGAACAUAUCUCUUCCAAUGCUGCUGCUGCUGCUGCUGCUGCUGCUGCUGCUGCUGCCGCUUCAGCUGAUGGUGGUGGUACUGCAGCUUCGGUAGCUGCCACUACCCAUUCUUCUGCCGCCCAGUGUGCCGCCCAGUGUGCCGCCCCUGGCACUCUUUUCGAACACGGCGGCCUGCGGUGGAUGCUGCCGCCCAGGUCGAGCAUGGCUGCAGAAGUUGCCAAAAGCAGCAACCCACACAGCAAUGAGGAACCAUCAGCAGCAGCAGCAGCAGCAGCACCGGCAACAGUGGGGGUGAGAGCAGUGGUGUGGGUGGGCAGCAGCGACGAAUGCCCAUCUCUCAUAACCCUCGCUCUGGAGCACAACCAGACACCCAUCCUCAGACUCGACCCCACCCACCUACCCGCUGCUGCUCCUGUCCCUGAAGCUGCUGCUGCUGCUGCUGCUGCUACUACUGACAGCAGCAGCAGCAACAUCACCCCUCUCUUCCAUCCAGUUGACCACUCCCGCUUGCUGCGCCGCCGCUACUUCCUCGUGGAAAAAACCAAGGACGCGUCUAUAAUCGGCAUCGUCGUGAUCUCCCAAUCCGCCGGCGCUGCCGCCGCCUCCACCCGCGCGACUGUCGCCGCCAUUCGAUCCGCAGCGGUGGCCGCGGGGAAGAAGGCGUACGUGAUUGCGAUCAGGCGGCGGAUCACGCCCGAAAAGCUCGCAAAUUUCCCCGAGUGUGACGUGCUGGUGCUCGUGGCGUGUGCGGAGGGCGUGCUGCUGGAUGGCAUGGGGCAGGGCAGCAGUGGGAGUGGCGGCGGUGGCAGUGGCAGUGGAAGCAGGGCGUUUUACGCGCCGGUGGUGACGCCGUUUGAGGCGCUGAUGGCUCUGGAAGAAGGGCGGGAGUGGACGGGAGAGUAUCGGAUGCUGCUGGAUGGUGCUGGGGCAUCCGGCCAAUCAGGGUAUGCCACGUCAGCGGCAGUGGAGGCGCGAUCAGGAUCGGAGUUCCUAGCACUGCGGCGUGACUAUAAGGGGCUGGAGGUGCCCUGGUUCAUGGCGCCUGGUGAGGCGCCUGGUGGGACGCCCAGGGAAGGGGGAGGGGAUGCAAGAGGGGGAGGGAAUGAGGGAGGAAGGGAGGAUGGGGGAGCGGUGGGUGCUUUCAUGCCGAAUGUGGCUCCGGCUAUUGAUGCAGUGAGGGUGGUGGAGGGGCGGGAGGGGCGAGCAGCAAUGUAUGUGGAUGAGCCACAGCGGGGAUAA